AAUCGAAAAUCCGUAUUAUCCGGAAUGUCCAAGGGAUAACUGACAAAUCCGAAAUCCAUUGCAGUCUCCACCUAAAAUUUGGAAUACUGAAUGCUCUCAUUUCGCCUUCCCGCCACCGCCAAAGGAUAAUAAAAUUCGAAACCAUGAACCUAUGCCGACUAUCAACCUCAAAAUGCCACAAUCUUAUCUUGCCUUCCUCAAUUACCCGUCUUAGUCCCCCAAUUGUUAUAGUUGAGCUUCAUUUCCCUGUCACCUCUAAUUCAAAACCGAUUCGGCCUCCCAUACAACCCCAAUUUUCGACCACCAUUUUCAGAUAUCAGUCUCCUUCACAUCCACAAAGCAGCCAAGAAGACGAUAAAGAUGACCCCGAAGCGCAAGUUCAAGACCUACGUGUUCCCGACAAUUGGUUGCUCCCUUCCAAGGCUCUCCAGGAAUCAGAGUGGCUUAGGGUGACGCUGCACAAAUGGCUGGAUGAUGAGUACUGCCCUGAGGAAACGAACGUGGAAAUCAGUAAGGUUGCUGCCCAGUCAUACUACGACUCUUUGGUAGGGAAACGGACGGACCUGGGUGAAAUUUUGUUGAAGAUGGCUAGAGAAUUGGAAUCCAUUUCCUAUCAAGAAAGCUUUCAUGGGGCAUUUUCCUCGGCAAAUGCUGCUGUGAAUUUGAUUGCCCAACGCAUAGAGCUUCAAGGUAAAAAUUUCUGAUUAUUAGAUACCCUAUUAUUUUCUAGGCCAGUAUCGUUGCUGCAAUGCUUCUAUGCAUGUAUGCCGUCUAAUUUGAGCAUUAUGCACACAGAACUAUAUGAUUUUGCUGAAUUAUACGCCCCCUUAUAUGUUUUGUGGAACUGUUCAUGCAUUUAUAUGUUCAUAAGUGCAUUAUUAAACGCGGGAUCCUAAAGUGAAAA